UGGUGAAUCUGACUCACCUUUGACACCUUUGGAAAAUUUAGAUCAAAACAAAAUUAAAUACACAAAAAGCAGCCACUAACAAAUGAACUAUGCCCAAUCAAAAAGUAAUGGGCACUGACAGAAGGAGGAACAACAGCCAUGCAAGUCUCCUGCUGACCACAUCAUCCACUCAUGUCCAGCAUGUAGGCAGUCGCACUAGUCUGCACCAAAGAAGCGUAAGGGAUGCACCAAGUGCUAGGGAUCUGAGUGGUUCUGGCACCAGGGAUGAGCACGAUCAGAAUAGCUCCCUGCUCUCCAAUGACUUCGUCCUCAUGCUGGACUGUGCACCAAGUCCCGAGGAGGUGUUCUGCGAACAGUCGGCGGACUUCAGGACAGCUUGGCUGUGGUUCAACAAGCUCACCACCAUGCACUGCAAUACCCUUUAUGAUCUGCGCAUGCGCAACGCCUACAUGAGUCAUUUUAUAGUUUGCCUGAACCAAAAGCGCUUGACGGGCGUUUUCGAGGAGGCGCCGCCAGAGGAAUUGGUUUGGGUGAACUUUUUGGAGAAUCAAGCGGCACCACAGUCCGUGAACCAUUCGCUUGUGACCACGGCCGCUGCAAUGCAGCGCUCCUGUGAGCUGACCCAAUCCUCUCAAGCUGCGCCGGCCUCCACCUCAUCGUGCGGCUGCAGUGGACACCGCACAUCUGAGUACUGGGGUUCCUUCAGUGGUCGUCAUUCCGGCGGAACCACCGAAACCUCACCCAAAUCGCCCAUCCUUAAGAGGCGACGGCUCCUCCGUUCCGUUCCCACGACCAGCGACGAGGAAAUGCAUCAGAUAUUCCGAAACAACCGAGCCAAUUUCAGUUUAAAUCGUUCCUCAACCUGCACCCAUUUAACCAGGAGUCGAUCCCUAUCAUCGCCAGCUAGCUUCCAACCCAGAAAAAAGAUUCCCAAUGCCUUUCGCAAUUCAGAUAGUCACAGGUCACCCGAGGAGGCGCGAAAACUUAUGGUUAAAUUGAUGGAACUUAUCAGGAAAGAGCUGCGUGGCGAACCGGAUCUGGAGAGCAAAGACAUCUUGGAGGCGGAAUUGAAAAGAUACCGUCAGUUCUUCGAGCAGCACUUGCAGGACAAUUCCGAUUUUGAGUCACAUCUCGAGAAGAAUUCCAACUCGGAGCGCGUCCAUCUGCUGCUGAACAUGCAAACAGACCUGAUCAGGAUGCUGAAAGAGGAUCUGGCGUUGUGAUCAGAUUGCUGUGUUUUUAAAAUUGUACAAAAUUAUUAUAAAGGUGGAAGGGGAAGAUAAUAAUAAACUAAAUAAAUAAUUAAAAAUA